CACGGCAAACGUAACCCAAAAAGUGGAGACGUUUAGAUUGUAACCUGUGAUCGCAUUUAAUUGAACCAAAAGCACAAUAAACUCUCCCGCCAUGGUUGCGUCCGGUAACAUGUUAUUAUUAAUUUAUUAUACACAGACAGUGACCCACGACCAUAAUUUAUUACUGUUAUCUCACCCCAAUUUCUUGUUGCGGAGGACGAUAAACAACUAAAUUACAGGGGAGCUAUGAAACCCAAAGGGAGAACCUCCAAAUUCAAAUUGGGAAUACUUAUUUUUUGUCUUUGCACCUUUUUUUUCUUUUUUGGUCUCUUUCUAUCACCUCUCCUCUUUCAGGAUUUGCUUGAGGGACCCCACUCCAAUAUACACUCCCAAUCAAUAAACAAACAAUUCGACCCUGUCCAGCAUGGUAAAUCUGGAGAACCCUCUGUUGAAUCAAUCCCAUUUCAGGUUUUAAGCUGGAGACCACGAGUAGUUUACUUUCCAAACUUUACAAGUGCAGAAAUAUGUCAACAGAUAAUCAAAAUGGCAAAGCCAAAACUUGAACCAUCACGAUUAGCUUUGAGAGAAGGAGAAGAUACUGAGAACACCAAAAGCAUAAGAACAAGUUCAGGCACAUUCAUCAGUGCAUCAGAAGACAAAUCUAACAUCUUAGACUUCAUUGAGAGGAAAAUUGCAAAGGUUACUAUGAUCCCAAGGACAUAUGGAGAAGAUUUCAAUAUAUUGAGAUAUGAAGUUGGCCAAAAAUAUGAUUCUCAUUAUGAUGCUUUCGAUCCAGCUGAAUAUGGUUAUGUGAGCCAAAGGGUUGCUUCCUUCUUAUUAUACCUAUCAAGUGUAGAAGUUGGAGGAGAAACAAUGUUCCCUUAUGAGGAUGGCUUAAAUAUGGAUUCAGAGUAUGACUACGAAAAAUGCAUUGGUUUGAAGGUGAAGCCCCAACAAGGUGAUGGACUUUUAUUUUACUCGGUGUUUCCAAAUGGGAAAAUUGACAAGAUUUCUCUACAUGGAAGUUGUCCUGUGAUAAAGGGGGAGAAAUGGGUCGCAACAAAGUGGAUUAAUGAUAAAGUACAACCCAACACUAGCUACUAGUUUUUUUUCUUUCAUGGAGGUUGCUUUUAUUAAUCCAUGUGCACAUUGCCACAUAUGCUUCAUUUUUUAUAUAUCGGUGCUAAAUAUUUUCUUAAUGAUGUAUGAAUAUUGAAUAGUUGUAAUGUUGCUCAGAUGCUAGUUUUUUUUUUGUUUUAGUUUUAUUGAUGUGUCUUGAAACCAGGCAUUUGGUGAUUUAUCCUUAUUGAUGAAA